CGAGCGGAACUGCGUUGCUCGGACAUUUUGAUUGCGAAUCACCAUUGCCCGUUCAGCUAAGCGCCGACACCUUACCUGUUUUUGUCCAAACCUUCACUAGCUGCUACCGGAUCAGGAAGACAACAGCACGCCGCUGUGCUUGCAGCGCUAUCUGACGUGGUCACGGUCGACAACAGCGACCCAGCAUCUACCCACGCACGAGCUGCUGACGGCAGUGGCGCUUAUUACGCUGGAGCUUCACCAAUGACGACCGCUUCUGCCCCUCCCGGGGUUCCCACCAAGGACAGCUACGACCCUUUGGCUUCCGCCCCGCCUACAGCUCCACCUAAAAGCGGGGGCAUGGGAGCAAGAUUUGCGAACGCCUUCAGGCGCCAAACCACCGAGGAGAAGGAGGCAAAGCGCCGUGAGAAAGAAAAGCGCAUGCGCGAAGAGAUGAGCAAGCACGAGAGCAAGUCUUCCCGCAUGGACGUCAUUGACCGCUUGGAUUCCACCGGUCUGUAUGGAGCUAGCUUGUUCCAUCACGACAGCCCCUACGACGCUUGCACCCCGCAUGCCAACCGUCAUGCUCGUAGGGCGCCUGUUGGCGCUUUUGAUCCAAACAUCGACCCAGUUACAGGCAAACCAGUGGUUCGUGGCGGAGGUCAGGCAGCUUCUUCGCGUCCUAACGCCAAUGGGAAGCAAGGCAACCUCUCUGAAUUCGCCCAAGGCACUCUUCGAAAGCUCAGUCAGAACGACAGCUUCAAUGAUCACGACACACGCGUGGUACCGGCUUUGUACGCGGGUGGCAACAAUGCCAGCACGCCUACCGCCGAAAGCAUCCCGAGCGGCUCAAGACGCCCCUCUGAUGCGCCAAGCAGUGCUUGGGGAGAUCAAUCGCACGACACUCAUAGCGACGCAGCCAAUCCCCACGCUGAGAUUUGGGGUGUAGCCAGCGAGCCGUGGCAAGACUUCGCUUCCCCAGCCGCGAAGGAGAGACAGGCGAAGACAAGCAAGAAUUCUUCUGGCCUAGCCGUUCCGAGCGGUACAAGCAGCCGUGCAAGCUCUGUCUACGACAUGGAAGCAGUCAUGUCUGGUCGCAAGCCCGGUGAUCUCAAUGACGAUGGUAGUCCUGCAGGUGUCGAUCACGCUGGCGUCAGUCCCUUCCCAGAGCGCGACUGGAGCAAAGUUGGUGGGUCUGAGGCUCCGAAACGAAGCAAGAGCCUCCUCAAGCGCGUCAAGAGCGCACGUCAGAAUCCUAAUGUCCCACCACCGGAUGCAUCGGACGUCGAGCUGGCAGCCAUGGGCCGUGGCAACUCUCGAAGAGGAGCUGGGGCUGCCCAUCGUCAUUCGCCAUCCACGCCUCCUAUGGGCGCGGAUGGGACAAGCUACAUGGGAGGGUAUGGCGCCUCGACGCAACGCCAAGCAAGCAACCUUGGUCGACACGGCACAUUGAGGCCUCGUGGAGCUUACGACAACCCCGAGGGUGGCAGCAGCUCUUCGGUCAGCCCCGCAGGCACACCCAACAUAGAGAUCGAAGCUUACGGGUCUGCGCCCGAGGCGCCAGGAGGAGAGAUCCAGCCUUCGACUGGCAACCUUGGGCGUCAAGGCUCCAUCUUUGGUCGAUUGGGCAAGUCGAAGGGAUCGCGCCACGGCAAGAGUGGAGCCGCGCCUGAACCUCAGGUGGGCUAUGCGCGCUAGGCAAAGAGCGCAGUUCCUGUCCGACAAGAAUAAAGAGGCUGCCUCGUCGAGCUCCGCCGAGCCCGCGUUCCUGUCUCGACUCUUUCUCGAAACUCUCGCGAUUCCGCGCUCGCCUGCUUCGUUGUCCAUUUUUGGCUAGAUGAUGACACGUAAUUUGCCUUCCUUA